AUGGUCGAGCGCAAGGUUCACAAUGUCGGCAUCAUUAUGAAUGGCGUCACCGGACGAAUGGGUACCAAUCAACAUCUCAUAAGGUCAAUUUGCGCCAUUCGCACGGAGGGCGGCAUCAAGCUGCCCAACGGCGACGUCAUCAUGCCAGAUCCAGUUCUUGUCGGCCGCAAUGCAGUUAAGCUUGACGAUCUCUGCAUUGCGCACGGCAUCACCCGCUCAACUACAGACUUGGACUCAUGUCUUGAUGACCCUUACAACUCCAUAUAUUUCGAUGCACAAACUACUGGAAGGCGCGCCGAGGCAUUGAAAAAGGCAAUCGCGAAGGGGAAGCACGUUUAUUGCGAAAAACCCAUCGCUGUGUCCUCCGCCGAAGCUUACGAGCUAUAUAGGCUGGCCCAGGAGGCUGGUGUCAAGAACGGCGUUGUUCAAGACAAGUUGUGGCUACCUGGUCUCAUCAAGCUCAAGACUCUACUCGACAGCGGCUUUUUUGGUGAGGUCUUGUCAGUUCGAGGUGAAUUUGGAUACUGGGUUUUUGAUGGAACGAGCGGCGUGCUUCCUCAGCGACCCAGUUGGAACUACCGCAAGGAAGACGAUGGCGGCAUCAUCAGUGACAUGAUCUGCCACUGGCAGUAUGUCAUCCAGAACUUGUUUGGCGACAUAGAUUCAUUGACCUGUAAAGGCGCAACUCACAUUAAAGAGCGGGUGGACGAAAACGGCAACUUAUACAAAUGUACCGCCGACGAUGCGGCAUACGCUACGUUUGAGCUUUCGAAUGGCGUUGUUGCUCAUUUCAACUCUUCCUGGGCUGUUCGCGUUCGGCGCGACGAUCUUCUCACAAUUCAGGUAGACGGCACAAAGGGCAGCGCAGUGGCUGGUCUACGAGACUGCGUGGCCCAGCAUGAGAGUCAGACAGUGCGGUCGACCUGGAACCCUGAUGUGGACACAAAUAUCAAAUACAUGGAUCACUGGUCGCGUGUACCUGACUACCAAGUGUUCGAUAAUGCCUUCAAGGUACAAUGGGAGAUGUUCCUGCGCCACGUAAUCAACAAUGAGCCAUGGAAGUAUGACUUGUUGCAAGGUGCAAAAGGUGUACAGCUUACGGAGCUUGCUCAAGAAAGCUGGGCGAAGAGGAUGUGGGUAGAUGUUCCCAGUUUAGAGUAG